AUGGCACUCGGCAUAACGUCGUUGACGCCAUCCUCUCCUGCGGGCUCGACGAGCGAGUCUGCAGCAUGGGAGGCUAAGUUGUUCGGAGCUGGCAUCUACCUCGCUGAGAACUCCAGCAAGAGCGACGAGUACUGUCGGCCUGACUCCCGCGGCAUCUGCUCCAUCAAGUUCCUCAUCCGAGCUGUGCUGGGAAUGCCCUACGAGGCCGAGCAGCCGAUGCCCAACACGAGGCUUCCUCUUGCCAGCGCUGACUCCGGUCCUCACGACUCCGUCAUCGGAGUCACCAGCAACACUCACCCGUCCGCCUGGCUGCACAAUUACAGAGAGUUUAUCCUCUACGAUGCUGCAGGGCAGCGACAGAGAGCCAGCACAAGAUGGUGA